AUGUUUACUGGACAGGGGCGUGCAAUCUGCCUCCGACAUCGAGGGGCAAUAUUGAUUGAUCCUGAGCCAGCGGCCGAUGCAGUAUCGCGCCCGGGACCCCCGACCAAUGCCGAGGGGCGCACGCAAGCUAAAAACUCGCGUGCGCCCCUUCUCAACCGCCAGGGCAGCCAAGCCGGAUCGGGUUUUACUGCGCGGUGGCUUCGCGACUCACGGCGCUGCGAGCCAUCGCGAGACAAGGACGUUACCUUCGCGCCCGAGAAGUUCGCCGCAGCAGCGUCGCCACGCGAUUGCCGACCUGCACCAGCAUGUCGCGCACGCGGCCAUCGGCCUUGCCUUCAACGCACGCAAAAGGCCGACCGCGCGCGCCCUUGGCAUCGACGACAUUCAUGCCGGGGCGCACAUCGACCCGCUCCCUGUGCCGCAGCGCUACCGGCGGGGCGAGCAUGCCGUUGCCGAGGGUACCGCUGCCAUUCGCGGAGCCUGCGCCCGACCCAGCGAUAUUACCGGCGGUCAACUGACGGCAUUGCAUUGCCGCCGAUCGCCUCGCGGCCACGUCCUGGCGAUAUCACGGGCGACGCCGCGUGCCGUCGAGCAGACCGCGUCGGUGCCGAUCAACUGCGCGUCGGCUGCCCGAAAACACCGCCCGAUCCACGUGUUUCGGCGCCACCGCCGCCGAUCGGCGAGCGUCAACAUCAACGUGCCACCCUCACCGAGGCGCUGCCCCGGCGCGAACGCGACCGCUGCAGCGUCGACCUGACGUUCCGGUGCGCAGUUCGCUGGCACCUGAGCGGCUGA